AUGACCGGACGAGAUGACAUUACUGCCACAAUCAAGCUACACCAGGAGCUACUACACUUGCUCGCCCGAGGUGGGUUUGAACUACGUAAGUGGGCCACCAACUGUGAAGCAGUUUUAACGCACAUUCCGACAGCACUAAGAGCCACUCAACUAACGCUGAUCGACCACAUGGAUCCGUCAAUCAAAAUAUUGGGUAUAUCAUGGAAUGCUCAACGCGAUACGUUCUCAUUUCAUGUUGAAUCUUCCAAGGUUGGUGAAACAUGUACUAAACGCUCAUUACUUUCGGAAAUCGCGAGGAUUUUUGAUCCGUGUGGAUGGUUAAGCCCACUUGUGAUCGUUGCGAAGAUCAUUAUGCAACACCUGUGGAAGAACAAGUUGGAUUGGGACGACCCGCUGCCUGACACACUGAUCAAAUGGUGGUCGGAUCAUCGAUCUUCCUACGGUGCUCUUCGCUUCUUUGAAUUACCACGGCAUUGCAAUGACGAACACACUCAGGUAACCACAUAUAGUCUACACGGUUACAGUGACAGUUCGGAACAAGCUUAUGCUGCUGCUCUCUACCUAGUGUCAGUGUUUCCUGACGGUAAAUCAUCAUCACAUUUAGUUCUGUCUAAGACCAGAGUUGCACCUCUUAAGACCCAAUCAAUACCCAGGCUUGAGUUGUGUGGUGCCACGUUGUUAGCAUCCUUGACCAAACACCUAUUAGAGGCACUGUCUACAAUCAACAUAGAAUCAGUCAACUUGUGGACGGAUUCUACAAUCACUCUACAGUGGAUUCAGAGUGAUCCACACCGGUGGACUACCUUUGUAUCCAAUCGAGUGAGUCAAAUUCAAACCUGGUGUCCCUCAGCGGUGUGGCGGCAUGUCCCGUCUCAGGACAAUCCUGCGGACCUGGCCUCCAGGGGCCUGUCAGGUGAUCAACUUAUUACAAAUGCCUUGUGGUGGCAUGGUCCACAAUGGCUAUUACCCCCCAAUCCAUGGCCACAGUCUACGUUUGAAUGUGAGGAUCCAAAUCAAACUCUCCAAGAGGAACGUAAGCCACAGGUAACUACACAUGUGACCACAGAAGCUGACGCGUUUAACUCCAACUUGCUAGCUAAGUACUCGGAUUUGAGUAAGUUAUUGCAUGUCACUUGUUACAUUUUACGUUUCUAUCACAACUGCCAAAAACCUGUAGCUCUUCGUCUAACUGGAUUACCAACUGUGUGUGAAUGGCGAUCAUCCAACUUAAAAUGGAUCCGGUUAGUACAACAGGAAUGCUUUCCACUCGACCUUCAUCAGCUGCGACUGGGUCUCCCCGUCAAGUCAUCCAGUACUCUGGUCAGCCAAAACCCCUUCCUUGACAUAGCAGGGGUCUUACGCGUUGGUGGUCGACUCACUCAGUCUAGUUUACCUUAUGACAUGAGGCAUCCAGUUCUUUUACCAAAGGCACAUCUGUAUACAACUAUGGUAGUACGCUCCAUCCACCUUCUGCACCAGCAUGCUGGUCUCAAUGUCACUAUGUCUCUGGUGCGGCAGAAGUAUUGGGUUGUGCACGGGCGCAGCAUCAUCAGAAAGGUUCUUCAUGAUUGUGUUAAGUGUUACAGAUUUCGACAAGUCAAAACCCACCAACUCAUGGCUGACUUACCGGCUUUUAGAGUUAAUUACGCACCAGUGUUCAGCCAUUGUGGAGUUGAUUUUGCCGGACCUUUCAGUACUAAGCCCUCAGUUGGACGUUCAAGAAUUGUGUACAAAACAUAUUUAGCUCUCUUCAUUUGCCUGACCACCAAGGCUGUACACCUAGAAAUAGUGAGUGACUUGUCAGCCGAUACCUUCAUCGCCACACUGAAACGUUUUGUUGCCAGACGAGGCUAUCCAACUAAAAUGUACAGUGAUAAUGGUACGAAUUUUACUAGUACACAUCAUAAACUACAUGAAGUGUAUAAAUUGCUGUGCUCUCAACAAUUGAACUCAGCCCUGAAUACUUUCUGUUUGCCCAGAGAGAUAGACUGGCACUUUAUCCCACCAGCUUCGCCACAUUUUGGUGGUAUUUGGGAAGCUAACAUCAAAUCUUGUAAACGCAUACUCCAACGCAUAACUCUAAAUAGUGUCUUUAUAUAUGAAGAAUUACACACAUUGUUUUGUCAAGUCGAAGCGCAACUUAACUCUCGACCACUUUGCCCCGCCAGUAUGGAAGCCACCGAUUACUCAGCACUGACUCCCGGGCACUUCCUGUUAGGUAAAGCUCCUAUGUCAUUACCUGAAGUCGACAUUCCUGAGCCAACACCCACCAAUCGACUCACCAGGUGGAAUAGAAUACAGAAAAUGCAGCAGUCCUUCUGGAAACAAUGGUCGCAAGAUUAUUUGGCUACACUACAGCAACGGAAUAAAUGGACCACUCCCCAGCCUAACCUCCAAGUCCACGAUCUCGUUCUCCUCAAGAAAGAAAAUAUGGCUCCCACUCAGUGGCCCCUAGCCAGAAUCCUCGAGGUGCACCCCAAUCCUGCAGACCACUUCGUGCGAGUUGUCACACUGAAGACAAAGGAUUCGGUGCUAAAGCGUCCUAUUAAUAAACUCAUAAGACUGCCUAUCGAACAUUAG